CCUGCCUGGUCUUAGCAGGGUCAUGGCCUUGAGGGCAGGUGACCACAGCCAGGCUGCAAUGAACGGGCUGAAGGAAAAGGUGCUGACACUGGACACCAUGAACCCCUGUGUUAAGAGGAUGGAGUAUGCUGUUCGAGGCCCCAUUGUGCUACGUGCCCUGGAGCUGGAGCAGGAGCUGCGCCAGGGUGUGAAGAAGCCCUUCACUGAGGUCAUCAAGGCCAACAUUGGGGACGCACAUGCCAUGGGGCAGAAACCCAUCACCUUCCUGCGCCAGGUCCUGGCCCUCUGUGUCCACCCGGAUCUCCUGAAGAGCCCUGACUUCCCUGAAGAUGCCAAGAGAAGGGCAGAGAGCAUCUUGCAGGCGUGUGGGGGCCACAGCCUAGGGGCUUACAGUGUGAGCUCCGGCAUCCAGCUGAUCCGCGAGGACGUGGCGCGGUACAUCCAGCGGCGCGACGGAGGCAUACCCGCCCACCCCAGCAACAUCUUCCUGUCCACGGGGGCCAGCGAUGCCAUCAUGACAGUGCUGAAGUUGCUGGUGGCCGGCGAGGGUCGCACACGCACGGGUGUGCUCAUCCCCAUCCCUCAGUACCCACUCUACUCGGCCGCGCUGGCGGAGCUCAGCGCAGUGCAGGUGGACUACUACCUGGACGAGGACCGCGCCUGGGCGCUGGACGUGGCGGAGCUGCGGCGCGCGCUGCUUCAGGCGCGUGACCACUGCCGCCCCCGCGCGCUCUGCGUUAUCAACCCCGGCAACCCCGACAACGUGUACGCCGAAGGCUCUCAGUUCCACUCGUUCAAGAAGGUGCUCAUGGAGAUGGGGCCGCCGUACGCAGAGCAGCAGGAGCUCGCCUCCUUCCACUCGGUCUCCAAGGGCUACAUGGGCGAGUGCGGGUUCCGCGGCGGCUACGUGGAGGUGGUGAACAUGGACGCCGCGGUGCAGCAGCAGAUGCAGAAGCUGAUGAGUGUGCGGCUGUGCCCGCCCCUGCCGGGCCAGGUCCUGCUGGACAUGGUGGUCAGCCCGCCUGAGCCCUCGGACCCCUCCUUCGUGCAGUUCCAGGCGGAGAGGCAGGCGGUGCUGGCGGAGCUGGCGGCCAAGGCCAAGCUCACCGAGCAGGUCUUCAACGAGGCUCCUGGCAUCCGCUGCAACCCGGUGCAGGGUGCCAUGUACUCCUUCCCGCGCAUACAGCUGCCCCCACGUGCGAUUCAGCGCGCUCAGGAGCUGGGCCUCGCUCCGGACAUGUUCUUCUGCUUGAGCCUGCUGGAGGAGACCGGCAUCUGCGUGGUGCCAGGCAGCGGCUUCGGACAGCAGGAAGGCACCUACCACUUUCGGAUGACCAUCCUGCCAGCCAUGGAGAAGCUGCGUCCCCUUUUGGAAAAGCUGAGCCAGUUCCAUGCCAAGUUCACCCGCGAGUACUCCUGAGUACUGCUGGGGACCAGGUCCGAUGGCCUGGACUGACAGUGCCCUGGGUUCUGGGGGUCUUGCUGCUUGUGGGGCUGGGCCCCUGCCUCUCUCCAGGCCUCUAAUAAAGCUGUGAGAGCCUGAG